AUUAUAUAUCGAAACACAAUAUGUAUUAUAGCCGCGACUAUUUUGAAUUUCAUUGCUGGAAUAUUUGGAAUUCUUCAAAAUAACGAUACCAAUGCAUCGCUAUCAGAAAUACAACAACUUUGCACAAAACUUAGUUCUAGUUAUCUUUAUUCAUCCUUUACGGGAAUUCAAGUCCCGCAUCUUGCUAUGAUCUUUGUAUUUACUGUUUUCAUGGCAGCUUUGACCUACUUCUUUUACAAAAAGUUUGGUUUGAUAGAAUAUGCAAACUUUAGUGAUAAUAAUCUUCAUCGUAAGCCCUUUUAUGCGGUAUCUGAAGAAUCAAAAAAUGGAAUUUUUUCAUUUAUGGUCUUUUGGAUUUUAUUAGCUAUAGAUUUGUUUUAUUUACUUGUCGCCCACGGAAGCUCUGCUGCUGCUAUUGGAUGGGCUUUUUGGAUAUUAUUUACAUUUAAAAAUUUUGGCAAAGGGUUGCCAACUUAUGUUAACCAUUUAUCUCUACAAGAAUAUGAAACGUCUCUAUUUUUACAGAAAGCGAAAGUCAUUGAUGCUGAAAAUCAUCGUGAUAUGCGUACAUGGCGUUCCGAAGAAUGA